UCCUGUGCACUGAGGAAGCAUCCACAUAUCACUGCCAGAGCCUCCAGCAUGCCACAGUACAAGCUGACGUACUUCAAUCUGCGAGGACGAGCAGAAAUCAGCCGCUACUUGUUUGCCUAUUCAGGCAAGAAGUAUGAAGACCACAGGAUAGAAGCAGCAGACUGGCCCAAAAUCAAACCAACUAUCCCAUUUGGCAAACUCCCUGUUCUGGAAGUAGAUGGAGUUACCAUUCACCAGAGUCUGGCAAUAGCAAGAUAUCUUGCCAGAGAAUCAGGUCUGGCAGGUCAGACUCCUGUGGAACAGGCACUAGUUGACGCCAUUGUGGACACCAUAGCUGAUUUCAUGACGCUCUUCCCUUGGGCAGAAAAAAACCAGGAUGUGAGAAAUCGAGCAUUUGAUGACAUCCUCACCAACAAAGCACCCGAGUUACUGAAAGACUUGAAUACUUUCUUAGGGGAUAAAAACUGGCUGGUAGGGAAGUCUGUAACAUGGGCUGAUUUCUAUUGGGAUGUGUGCAGUACGACACUUCUGUCCCAUAAAGCUGACCUGGUAGACAACUACCCCAGGCUUCUGGCUCUCAAAGACAGAGUGCAAGCACUUCCAGCUAUUGCAGCCUGGAUCCAGAAAAGACCAAAGACUGCACUAUAAAUCAGCUGCUCAGAGUGGAAAACACACCAAUCAUAUUUAGUGUUUCAACAUGGCAAAUGUCCUAAAUUACUAGGGUAAUUUGAUUUCAGAUGGGUAUGCUAUGCCAAAUCAAAAUCUACCACUUGCACCCAUUUACAAGAGAGAAUCUAGAAAGUUAAUUUGGUAGAGUAGAGCCUGAGGGAGAGGUGUGGUUUCAACCACAUUCCCCCAACUACUAAUAAAAUGCUUGAUCAACCCAA